AUGGGCGUCGAGGACCUCGUCAUCCCCUUCACCAACAGGGUGUACCUAGACGCCAUCUUCAUCCCAGCUGGCCUCCUGGUUGCUGGCGUGUGGAUUGUCAAGCCCGACUACAUUGUCCACGCAGCUGCAACCGCUGUAGCCCUGUCUGCCAUCAAGUUCAGGCGCAUGCAGCCCAAGAAGAUCCUCAAGCCCGCCGAGUUCCAGGAUUUCGAGCUGACAGAGAAGACCGUCCUCUCCCACAACACGGCCAUCUACCGCUUUGCCCUCCCCUACCCGACGGCGAUCCUUGGCCUCCCCAUCGGCCAGCACAUUUCCAUCGGCCAGCACAUUCCCCAGCCCGAUGGUUCGUCCAAGGAGAUUGUCCGGUCCUACACGCCCAUCUCCGGUGACGACCAGCCUGGCCACUUCGACCUGCUCAUCAAGUCGUACCCCACUGGUAACAUCUCGAAAUACAUGGCCUCGCUCGCCGUCGGCCAGAAGAUUCGCGUCAAGGGUCCCAAGGGCGCCUUUGUCUACACUCCCAACAUGGUGCGCCACUUCGGCAUGAUUGCCGGCGGCACCGGCAUCACCCCGAUGCUGCAGGUCGCCCGAGCGGUGCUCAAGGGCCGCGCCGACGGCGACAAGACCGAGAUUGACCUCAUCUUUGCCAACGUCACCGAGCAGGACAUCCUGCUCAAGGAGGACCUCGACGAGCUGGUCAAGACAGACCCCGGCUUCCGUGUCCACUACGUUCUUGACCGGCCGCCAGAGGGCUGGACCGGCGGCGUUGGCUACGUCACUGCCGACAUGAUCACCAAAUGGCUUCCCAAGCCUGCGGACGAUGUCAAGAUCUUGCUGUGCGGCCCGCCGCCCAUGAUCAGUGGUCUUAAGAAGACCACGGAAGCUCUUGGCUUCAAGAAGGCCCGCCCUGUAAGCAAGCUCGAGGACCAGGUGUUUGCUUUCUAA